UCUCAAUGGACCUGGUCAGUCUACAGCCUUUUGGUCAAAAACGCCUUUAAUUAGAGUCCUCUAAUCAAACAAACCUUAGUCAAACAAGUUGUAAUUAUCAAUCAGAUCUAGUACACACUAACCCAUUGAAAAACAAUUCAUCAACCAUACCAACAAUAAUUACACCAUCCAACCCACUCCUUACGGAAUUGAGAUUAAGUUCGAGAUGCCAAUUCUUCUCCAGUAGUACUUCCUCUCCUACCGCACCAAGUCAAUGGCCCUGAUUUCUCCCCCUUACCGCUUCCAACAGUCGUACGCCAUGAGUAGUUUGAGCGAUGCCAACAAGUUUCUCGUGAUAUUUAACUUUGCCAUCCUGCCGAUUGCGUUGUUUCUCGCGUGUUAUGCUUCUAAGGCGCAGGUGGUGGAAUUAGACGACUUCAAGUGCCUCGAAGGUUUGAAGAACUCACUGAACGAUCCACUGGGGAAGCUCAGCUCUUGGAGCUUCAACAACAGGUCCGCGGGCUUCAUAUGCAAGUUCGUCGGGGUCACUUGCUGGAAUGACCGCGAGAACCGCAUAUUAGGCCUCCAACUCCGCGACAUGAAGCUGUCAGGCACGGUUCCGGAGUCCUUGAAAUACUGCGGAAACAUGCAGAACCUGGAUCUCUCGGCCAACGACCUGAACGGUACGAUACCUAAAGAAACAUGUACCUGGUUGCCUUUCUUAGUAAACUUGGAUCUAUCUAAUAACGGUCUUUCCGGUCCUAUCCCACCCGAACUUGCAUAUUGUACUUAUCUGAAUACUCUGAUGAUGUCGGAUAAUAAGCUCUCUGGUACCAUACCUGACGGGCUAUCUAGUUUGGGUAGGCUGAAUAAAUUUUCAGUGGCGAAUAAUGAUCUUACGGGCAGGGUGCCGUCGUAUUUCGACACGUUUGAUAAGGCCGGUUUUACUGGGAAUGAUGGGCUUUGUGGAGGACCUUUGGGGAAGUGCGGUGGGUUGAAUAAGAAGAAUUUGACGAUUAUAAUUGCUGCCGGAGUGUUUGGUGCGGCGUGGUCUCUGUUGCUGGGUUUUGGGGUGUGGUGGUGGUACCAUUUCAGGUUGAGUAAGAGGACUAGGAGAAGGUAUGGGUUUGGAAGAGAUGAUGAUUGGGCUGAGAGGUUGAGGACUCACAAGCUUGUUCAAGUUUCCUUGUUUCAGAAACCGCUUGUCAAGGUUAAAUUGGCAGAUUUGAUGGCGGCCACCAACAAUUUCAGCCCAGAAAAUAUAAGUAUUACCACUAGAACGGGGACUACCUAUAAGGCAGUGCUGCCUGAUGGGUCGGCACUUGCGAUCAAGCGUUUGAGUACUUGUAAGCUUGGGGAGAAGCAGUUUCGUUUGGAGAUGAAUCGAUUAGGCCAGCUUAAACACCCCAAUUUGGCACCCCUUUUGGGGUUUUGCGUGGUGGAGGAAGAGAAGCUCUUGGUCUAUAAGUACAUGUCUAAUGGGUCUUUGUAUUCUUUGUUGCAUGGAAGUGGGGAUGCAAUGGACUGGCCAAGUAGGUUUAGGAUUAGUUUGGGUGCGGCAAGGGGUCUUGCUUGGCUGCAUCAUGGGUGCCACCUUCCAAUUUUGCAUCAGAACAUAUGCUCCAAUGUGAUCCUUAUUGAUGAGGAUUUCGAUGCUAGGAUAAUGGAUUUUGGGUUGGCAAGGCUGAUGACUACUACUCAUUCUAUUGAGAGUAGUUUUGUCAAUGGCGAUUUGGGAGAACUUGGUUAUGUAGCUCCAGAAUACGGGAGCACAUUGGUUGCUUCCCCGAAAGGAGAUGCUUAUGGAUUUGGGGUGGUACUUCUUGAAUUGGUAACUGGUCAAAAACCUCUUGAUGUCAGCACCGCUGAGGAGGGAUUUAAGGGCAACUUGGUGGAUUGGGUGAAUCAACUCUCUACUUCUGGUCAAAUAAAAAAUGCCAUCGAUAUGGCUCUUUGUGGAAAAGGACAUGAUGAGGAAAUUUUGCAGGUCCUGAAAAUUGCAUGUAAUUGUGUGGUUUCUCGGCCCAAGGACAGGUGGUCUAUGUACCAGGUUUAUCAAUCAUUGAAGAGUAUGUCUGGAGACCAUGGUUUCUCUGAACAAGACGAUGAAUUUCCACUGAUAUUUGGUACGCCAGGAAAUGAUUCCGGAGCAAUGAAGGAGGAAGCAUGACAAAGUGGUUUUGAGGAUUUCUACAUCUUGUGGUAAGGGUUUGAAGGAUCUUAACUAAUGUAAAUGGUUGUCAUCUCCAUUAUAGCUAGUUUUGUUCCAUUUAUACGUAUAGCUGUGUCUUUCAAUAAAAUACUUAAAAACCGCAGGUUAAAAAUGUAUUUGCCGUUUAAUGUAUGAAAUACAGCCUCUAAAAAGAGGCUAAAAGUCUUCAA